CGCAAUUUUGCCUCAAGGUCCAACAGGAUUCCCUUCGUUCCCUUCACAGUCCAGACCGCGUUAGUUCGCCCGAUGUCUCAUUUCCAGCCCUAACGGCGUUCAUACCCAUAUUAUCAGACGCUCCGCCGACGGUCGUGUAUGACCAUCCCGAACCACUAACCCAUUAGACUGAGGCCGAUCAGAAAUUUUCGGUUCUGGCCGGGUCUCUAUUUAUGAACCCACAAGUUGGUACUAUCCCUCGUCUACAGAAAAGCCGAGGAUGAAAAGAACUUCCGAGACGUGGCCAAACUGAUGCCGCAUGCAUAUAGUAGUUGUUUUCUUAAGGGGGUCGCCGGAAGACAUUAUCAUGUUCUUGAGAAAGAAACGGGAAACUUAACGUGGUUGUUAUUGUUUCGAUGCACUCACUCAUUUCGCAGCAGGAUUUCAUUUAUUUUUGUUUUGGGAGGGGGGAGUUGGGGGUUGUUUAGUGAGCAUCUAAUAAUCUCGCUACAGGCCUAUAACGCCUUCCAUAACAACUGCAUCCACGUGAUUCCAGGACCGAGUCCUAUGAUGGAAUAUAUAGACAGAGACAACACACUAUACCUAAAUGCCAUACUUUAUUAAAUCUUGGCGUCCUUGGCGAAAGUCGGACAUGGGUCAAUCACGUACAUGAUCAAGGCGGCGAUUCUCCAACGAGUUCCAAGGGACUCCCGUGUAGCCAGGCCUAGGAGGUCGUGAUUGGUGCGCCGUCUAGUUGCUACGUUUAGCUUCUUUGUGUUCAACCGCAACACCUUACCCUAAGCUGUCAUCUACUAGAAUAAGGAUUUCUUCCCACUUACGCUCUUCGCUCCACUUGGGUAUACGUGGUUAACUAACACGCGAAGCCUAUUGGGGUGUAUGGUAUGUGACAUCUGCUAAUUAUUAGGAACCACACAAAGCGAUCUGAAAAGGGUGCAGAUGGCACUAACACCUCAUAGAGCAUGGCUGACAGUGUCCCAUGAACGAGACCAUGGAGAGCUAGUUUCAUCCUUUCAAAGAAUUUAAUACUAUGGGUAAGUCACUUGCCGAGAGGCUCGACGAUGUUCCUGUUGGGCUUUCAGACGAAUUCUCUCACCGAGAUAUUAUCUACUUUGCUGAGGGGUAGUUGUUGUGGCUACGCGUCCAAUACGCAUCACGGUGUCUGCCUAAGAUAUGUAUAUGCGAGC